CCUCACCCCAUCUCACUCAAGAGAGAGAGAGAGAGAGAGCGUGUGCCUUACACACACAGUAGAGAGAGAGAGAGCCAUUAAACCAGAAAUAGGAGCUCUCAAGAGAGAGAAAGCAUAGAACACAGAGAGAGAAACUAACCCAACAACCAAAACCAUGUCUCUCACCUCUACCAUGGUGCCCCGGGGCCUCACCCACUCUCUCUCUAGACCCAAUCCCACUUUCUCUCUCCCCCCCAACGCCACCAGGUACAGAGCCCGGUGCUCGUCCUCGACUUCACCCACGUUCGCGGCCGGGCUUGCGCUCGCUGCAGUGCUCGCCGCCUCUCCCAUGGCUGCCCCCGAGCCGGCCAUGGCCGACAUCGCCGGCCUCACCCCAUGCAAAGAAUCCAAAGCUUUCGCAAAGAGAGAGAAACAAGCAGUGAAGAAGCUUGAGAGCAGUCUGAAGCUUUAUGCGCCCGACUCAGCUCCAGCUCUGGCCAUUAAGGCGACGAUAGAGAAAACGAAGCGGAGGUUCGCGAACUAUGGGAAGCAGGGGCUCCUCUGCGGAGCUGAAGGGUUACCGCAUCUGAUCGUUAGUGGAGACCAGAGACAUUGGGGGGAGUUUAUAACCCCUGGGAUCCUGUUCCUGUACAUUGCAGGGUGGAUUGGGUGGGUUGGAAGGAGCUAUUUGAUCGCCAUUAGAGAUGAUAAGAAGCCUACGCAAAAGGAGAUUAUAAUUGAUGUGCCUUUGGCCAGUGGGCUUUUGUGGAGGGGGUUCAUCUGGCCUGUUGCUGCCCUUAGGGAGUAUGUGAAUGGGGAUUUGGUGGUGGAUGAUGCUGAUGUUACUGUUCUUUAGAGAGACAAACAGAUGGGUUCUGCGGAUUUGGGCUCAUGGGUCAGAUCUGGUGAGUUUGAUGCAAGAAGGCAGAAAGAUGUCACCUUGUUUAUGCGCCAGUGCAUGUAUCUAUACUUUUCCUGUUAUAUAUGUUGUAUUUUGCUUGUUUGGACCUGUAUUUUCAUUAUUUUUUCGACUUAUGAUUCAAACAAAACCAAUUGACUGAAGUGGGUACAUAUGAUGUGUGGCUCAUUACAUGAGA